AUGAACUCUGGUCACAUCAACGAGGUCAGAAGACGACGAUACUUUGAGAACAAACAAGACAUUUUGAAGCGAAAACAAUCCACGCCGAGAAAGUUGAAAGGGCCAAAGCCGAGAACCGCGGCGCAGGCGAUAGCGGAUAAAGAGGCGGGGCGAGAGGAAGGACAAAGACCGCAGAGACGAUUCAACCGCCCGGGCGACGAUAAACAACAACAGUAA